CGAAUUCUUUAUUAACGUCAUCGUCUGCUUCUUCGUCUUCCGCUUUCCUUCUCUCUCUGUCUGCAAAUCACUUUUCACUCUCUUUUUCUAAUCCCUCCAUUUCCAAUCUCUGUCAACUCAUCAUUCUCCGCCAUUCCUCUUCAACUUCAACCAGCGCUCUCCUGUGAUCGGACUCUCCGUUCUCUUUUACUUUUGCAGCUCCACUCGCCACCGCCGGCGAGGUUUUUUCCGGACAAUGAUGCUCGGGAGUAGCAGCAUGGAGCGAUUAUCGGAACGGAGUCCGAGAUGUGAGCUUUUCGCUUUGUAGUUGAAUGUCUGUGACUCGUUGUUGUGAUUGCAAAUUUGGUUUUGUUACUUUGAUUUAUGGCUUCCACGAACUCACCGCCUAACAUUGAUUCUUCGGAGUUGACGGAGGAUUUAGCGACGAAGGCUUUGAAUAAACGGUAUGAGUGCCUUGUAACUGUUCGAACGAAGGCUAUUAAGGGGAAAGGAGCUUGGUAUUGGGCUCAUUUGGAGCCUGUUCUUAUACGGAAUCCUAGUAAUAGUCUUCCGAAAGCGGUGAAGCUCAAGUGUUCUUUGUGUGAUUCUGUUUUUUCGGCUUCGAAUCCUUCGCGGACUGCAUCUGAGCAUUUGAAGCGAGGCACUUGUCCUAAUUUGAGCUCCAUUUCUCUGUCUAAUGCUUCGGCGUCGCCGUUGCCGAUAUCGUCGAUCCCUUCUCCGACAUUUCACAACCACAAGAAGCGAAGCUCCCCAAUGAAUGCUCCAAUUCUUACUGCUUCCUAUCAAGUUCAUUCGCUUGCCAUGAUUGAGCCGACGCGGUCCUAUGCUCCGCUAAUUUCCUCGCCGCGGACGCCAGUGGCUCAAAAUCCGCGGUUGAGUCAGCAUCAGUUGGUGUUAUCAGGUGGGAAAGAUGAUUUGGGUGCACUUGAAAUGCUGGAAAACAGUGUCAAGAAACUGAAGAGUCCACAUGCCUCACCUGGACCAAGGCUAAGUAAGGAACAAAUCGAUUCUGCCAUCGAAUUACUGACUGAUUGGCUUAUUGAGUCAUGUGGGUCAGUGUCGCUUUCGUGCCUUGAGCACCCAAAGUUCAAAGCCUUGCUUAGUCAGUUAGGUUUGCCUUCAAUACCUCGAACCGACAUUUUAGGAGCUCGGCUCGACUCCAAGUUUGAAGAGGCCAAAGCUGAUUCAGAAGCCAGGAUUAGAGAUGCAGCGUCUUUUCAAAUUGCUUCAGAUGGCUGGAAGAAUAAGAACUGCUGUGGCGAAGAGAGUGUAGUUAAAUUUAUGGUCAAUCUUCCAAAUGGUACUACUGUGUUUCAAAAAGCACUAUUUACAGGGGGACUGGUAUCAUCCAAGUAUGCCGAAGAGGUUAUUUUGGAUACGGUCAACGAGAUAUGUGGGAGUGAUCUGCAGAAAUGUGUGGGGAUAAUUGCAGAUAAGUAUAAGGCCAAGGCGUUGAGGAAUUUGGAGAUAAAGUAUCAUUGGAUGGUAAAUCUCUCUUGCCAGCUUCAGGGUUUUAUUAGUUUGAUAAAGGAUUUUAACAAAGAGCUUCCACUUUUCAGGGUAGUUACUGAAAAUUGCUUGAAGGUUGCAAACUUUGUAAGCACCAAAUCUCAAGUUAGGAAUUGUUUAAACAAGUAUAAGGUGCAGGAGUUAGAGGGCCAUUUGUUGUUUCAUGUUCCUUCGCCAAACUGUGAUACAUCCAAAAACUUUUCUCCUGUUUAUGCUAUGCUUGAUGAUUUGCUUAGCUGUGCUCAUGUGCUUCAAAUGGUUGUGUUAGACGAGUCCUAUAAGCUGGCAUGCAUGGAGGAUUCACUUGCGACUGAGGUUUCUAGUCUGAUACAAAAUGAACGCUUUUGGGAUGAAGUGGAGGCAGUUCAUUCAUUUGUAAAGAUGAUCCGAGGGAUGGCUCGAGAGAUUGAAGCCGAAAGGCCACUGAUAGGGCAAUGCUUGCCUCUUUGGGAAGAGCUGAGAUCAAAAGUGAAGGAAUGGUGUGCAAAAUACAGCAUAGCCGAAGAGCCAGUGGAAAAAAUUAUAGAAAAGCGGUUUAGAAAAAAUUAUCAUCCAGCAUGGUCAGCUGCAUUUAUUCUGGACCCUCUUUACUUGAGGAGGGACAUAAAUGGGAAAUAUCUUCCACCCUUCAAGUGCCUUUCGCAAGAGCAGGAAAAGGAUGUGGAUUCACUUGUUAAUCGGUUGGUGUCCAGGGAAGAAGCUCAUGUCGCAUUCAUGGAGCUUAUGAAAUGGAGAUCCGAAGGACUAGACCCACUUUAUGCUCAGGCAGUUCAGGUUAAACAACGAGACCCUUUAACUGGAAAGAUGAAAAUUGCCAACCCACAGAGUAGGCGACUUGUCUGGGAAACUUGCCUAAGCGAGUUUAAGACCCUUGCCAAGGUUGCACUAAGGCUCAUUUUCCUCCAUUCAACAUCCUGUGGCUACAAGUGUAAAUGUUCUAUCAUGAAUUUGGUUUGCUCGCAUCGACACUCUAGGGUCGGCUUGGAGAAAGCUCAGAAGAUGGUAUUUGUUGCAGCUCAUGCCAAGCUUGAAAGGGGUGACUUUUCUAACGAGGGAGACAAAGAUGCAGAACUAUUUUCAAUGGCAGAUGGUGAAAAUGACAUGCUCAAUGAGGUCUUUUCUGAUGCACCCUCAAUUAACGUGGUGGAUAUGUUUGAUCAAACGGAACCAGAGCUGUCAGAAGUCAACCUCGGACUAGGUACCAUAUCUUUGCAGCUGAAGAUGCACUUCACCGAUGGAAUCCCAGAUAUAUCUCCUGUUGUGCCUGCUUAUGUCACUUUUUGAGCCCCACUGUGUGGAGUGGAUGUCUAUCUCAAUGCUGUUGUAGAUGUCAUAGUCAAAGAAAAGACAUUUACAAGAAUGGGCCCUUAUGUGAAAUUUCCACCUGAAAGUUGAAGUUUGAAGUUUUGCGGAUUUAUUGGUUAGCCUUGGCAUGAUUGCUAAAAAAGUCUUGACCAAAGGGCAAGCAAGGAGCGCUGUCGGCAUGAGUAUGCACAUAACAAGGCCGAAAGGGAUGUAGCAACCAACUUGAAUUGAUGUUGCAUGCAUGGUUCAGAAAACAACUUUCACAACACAAAGCAGGGGACUGGAGGAGGUUCUAGAUCUCAAAGGAGCCAUGAUGCUAAAUUUUCCAAGUUAUCUUUUAUUAUGGAUUUACCUCAUUGACUUACCAUGGAAUAUAUUGGAUGUGAAAAAUGAUAUUAAAUAUUGAGCUGCCCCUGAUUAUUUUUGAGUUACUCUGGUUUGGCUUUGGGGUUCAACAAUGGUGGAAUAUAUGUGGAUUUUGUCGGCAAUGUCAGAGAAUGGUGACUGCUUACCAACUAGAGAAGAAAGCUUUUAUUAUUUCUAUUAUCGUUAUACUUUUCUCAUCACCAACUAGAGAAACUGCCCUCAUUUCUAGGGAUAUCAAUAAAGUUGAUUGACUCAUAUUCACUUUUACUUUUCUCUUAAUUAUGGGUUUCAGGAUUUACCUCAUUACACACGCACACCACCUCUAAUUGACUUACCAUGGAAUAGAUUGGAUGAAAAAAAUGAUAUUAAAUAUUAGGAUGCCACUGAUUAUCUUGGAACAGUAGGGUCUUAAAUUUACUCUGAUUUGGCUUUGGGAUACAAUAAUGGUGGAAUAUAUGAGGAUUUUGUCGGCAAUGUCAGAAAUGGUGACUGCCCACCUACUAGAGAAGAAACCUUUUUAUUAUUAUUAUUAUCAUUAUACUUUUCUUAUUCACUUUUUAGUAUGCCUAUUACUAUGUCAUUCCACUCAUUGCUGUUAUUGUUGAAGGGAAAGUAGAUAUCAUUAUUUGUACAGGACACACUCUUUUCUACAAGGAAUCUUCACCCUUCCUUUGAAUUGCUGAACUGUUUGUGUUUUCAUUUUUUGUUUUCAAGCUUGAUUGCGUUUUAAAAUGAUACCCGUCCAUUUCAUAUGCCAUGAUGUGAAAACAAUGGGUAGAAUUCAUUGCCUUUUGACCUUUACUUUACUUUAUUCUUCUAUUGCAUAGUUUGUAAAUUACUUUCUUUAUUUUCGCAUUGAUUCUCCCAAUUUUCUAUGGAGAACAAACUUGCUGAAAGUUGUCACUAGAAGGUAAGAUGUAGGAAAUUACCUUACAGAUGAAUGAUUUGAGAGAGAAAAAGUAAACAACGGAUUUUUGCUUUUCAUUAGUAGAGUAGAGCUAGCAAAUUUUCAUCAGGAAGGAAAAAAAUUUAACCAUCUAAAUUUAUUUAGAAAACUA